CUCUCCUCUUCCCGCCGCAGAGAGGAGUGCAGGUCGAAGGCAGCAGCGAAGCCGAGCGGUCUGUCCGCCCCGGAGCUGCAGGCUCUGGAGACCCGGAGGAAGGACGGGAGCACCCGGGAGGAGGUCGGGAUGACCCGAGAAGAGGUGGGGACUGAGAUCCUGGUGACAACCUUCCACAGAGCCGCCAUACUGUCUUCGGGCUGCUGGCUCUAACGACGGAAACUAAAGGCAGCGGCUAACAGUGAAGCUAACAGUGAGGUUAACAUGGAGGUGAUCGUCAGCUCCCCGAUAUUCAGCUUCUCCUCCUGGGUGUUUCCGGACGGGUCUCCGGUCAGAGAGGUGCUGACCCGGUUCAUACAGCAGCAGGGACUUUCUUCUUCUGCAGAUUUCUACGUGCACAGUAAUGGCCGCCUGUCCGGGCUGGAGGACCCCCUGCAGGCGGGGGCCGUCUAUCGCCUGGAGCCCCGCCUCUGUGGAGGGAAAGGAGGGUUCGGUUCGAUGCUGCGAGCUCUCGGUGCUCAGAUCGAGAAAACAACGAACCGCGAGGCGUGCAGAGACCUGAGUGGGCGCCGCCUCCGAGACGUGAACCACGAGAAGGAGAUGGCGGAGUGGCUGAAGAAGCAGACGGAGCGCGAGGCGGAGAAGGAGCAGCGGCGUCUGGAGCGCCUGCAGAGGAAACUGGCCGAACCCAGACACCAGUUCACUGACCCGGAUUACCAGAGGCAGAGCCACGAGCUGCAGGAGAGACUGGAGGACUCUGUCAUGAAAGGUCUGCAGGCGUCCUCCAGCACUCAGGUCAGGGCAGAUGAUGCUUCUGCAGCCAAGAGGCCGAGCAGCGACCAGAGCCAGCAGCCGCAGAAGAAGAAGCAGAAGAAGAAGGAGGACGCUGCAGCGUUCUGGACGGGUCUGGAUGAGAUGACGACCUCGGAGGAUGAUGAUGAUGAAGAGUCUCCGUCCUCCAGCUGUGGAGCCUCUGCAGUAGCCGUGAGACAAAGGAAAGAGGCGGAGCCUGACGGCAGCAGCUCCUUCGACUGCAGCUCAUCCUCCACGGAUCAACCCAGCAGAGAGCCCCGGGGACCCAGCAGAGAGCCUCAAUGUGAGGGACCCAGCAGAGAGCCUCAAUGUGAGGGACCCAGCAGAGAGCCUCAAUGUGAGGGACCCAGCAGAGCGCCUCAGACCGAAGGACCCAGCAGAGCGCCUCAGACCGAAGGACCCAGCAGAGCGCCUCAGAGCGAGGGACCCAGCACAGAGCCUCAGAGCAAAGGACCCAGCAGAGCGCCUCAGACCGAAGGACCCAGCAGAGCGCCUCAGACCGAAGGACCCAGCACAGAGCCUCCGACCGAAGGACCCAGCACAGAGCUUCAGACCGAAGGACCCAGCAGAGGGCCUCAGUCUGAGGGACCCCGCAGAGAUCCUCCUGCAGAAAGCCCUAAACCCUCAGGGUCUCAGCAGGUGGAUCUGCCCCCGGUGGAUCUAUUCUCGGUGUCCUGCGUCUCUCAGCUGGAGGCUCUGGGUCUGGACCGCCUGAAGCAGGAACUGAUGUCUCGUGGUCUGAAGUGCGGGGGAACUCUUAGUGAACGUGCCAGGCGUCUCCUGUCCGUCAGAGAUCUGAGACUUGAGGACAUCCCGGCGGCGCUGCUCGCCAAGAACAGGAAGUGAUGUCACUCUGUUGUGUAAGGGCACAGCUUCCUGUUGCACCUGCCAAUCUGGCGAUGCUUCAAGUCUGAGUUCAGAUGUUCUGCUGUUUCAUUUUAUCUUCAAUUUGAUCUGAAACUUUAUGAAUAAACACUUUCUUUUACCAGCAGAAACUGUCUGUGGGUUCGUCCAAUCAGAGAGCAGGAUUUCCCGCACGUACUGUUGAAUGUCGUGUUUUAGUUCAGCUUUAAUCCUUUUCCUUCUGUUCUGAAAGGUGUCAAAUAGAAUUCUGUAAUAAAAAUGUUUCUCAGAA